AUGGCGAAUAACUCGUUCCGAGACUCUGUCAAUUCACUAGGGUGGUCUCGUAGAGAUCCGGAUCUCCCCGUCAACACUGGCACGUCAUCAAACACCCCAUUCUUAUCCCGUCUACAGUCUUACAACCCGUUCGGUGAGGGCGGUUAUGUUCAACUGCCUACUCACAAUGAAGGUCCUGGGGCCCCAUUGCCGGCACCCACUCGACGGGAAGAAGAAGAGGGCUUCUUUGCUUUGAGUCGGUGGGACCGCAUGCUCAUCUUUGGCGCAUGUAACUUGGGCGCCGCCAUCUGUUUCAUGAUCUGUUUCUUCCUGUUCCCAGUCUUGUCGCUCAAGCCCCGCAAAUUCGCGGUCUUAUGGUCCGUCGGCUCAGUCUUGUUUUUGCUAUCAUGGGCGGUUCUCAUGGGACCAUGGACUUACGCUAAGCAUUUGGUGUCGGGAUCGCGGUUGCCAUUCACUGCGGCCUAUUUUGGAGCGAUCGCCCUCACGCUCUACUUCGCCAUCGGGCGUCAGAACCUCUUCCUCACUCUCAUCUCAUCGAUCUUCCAGCUCGCUGCCCUCGUCUGGUACCUCGUCAGCUAUUUCCCCAUGGGCAGUACCGGUCUGCAUCUUGUCGGUGAUGAUGAUGAUGAUGAGCACGCUUAUGCUGGUUUAGAUGGGAUACGGGAAGGUCUUACGUUGGAUGGGGAAGACCGGGCAGUCUGUGAACCAGGCACCAUGGAGGAAGAUGAAGCUGGUGGCGCCACUUUCGAUGUCGAUUCAGUCACUCGGGUGCCAUUUAUAUCACACAAUCCCAGGAUGAAACCUGCACUCUUUGCCUGCGCCACAGGAGCUGAACCAUACAACUGGCAUUCCUUCGCAUUGACGACAAAGAGCCAUGCUUGGCAGGUGCUCAUGCUGUCGCAUUCAUUAGCACAUUCAGAUGGCGAUAAAUGGGUGUAUCCAUGGGCCAGAGGUGCUUUACUGAAGAACCCAAUGGUUUCAUGCUGGGCGCUGGGGGAGCAAGAGGCGGAUACAGAAGAAAUGAAUCCCUCUAUAGCCAGGAGAAAGGUGAACACAAAGAUUGAAGUUGGUUGCAUGGUUUAUGGCAGCUCUGAAUGUUCACUUGAUAGUGGAAUUGCAAGUUAG